AUGGCAACAUAGACGUCGCCCACCAUUGGAUUUAAAGCGGGAAAGAAACGUUCGCAAAGUAACGUCAGUGACCUAAAAAGUUUACUACAGCUGGUUAAACGGUUGUAAAACCGAUAACGGAUCGAUAUUAUGUGGUAUUAAACGUGCUAACACCGGCCGUGGGCCGUUUAUUUCCGUUAGCCUACGGAAAUAAUGUAACGUAAACGUCAUAAGUUGAGCUAACCGACAAAAGCUGUCCGCUGGAGAACCGAGACUCUGCACGCGGACGGACGAGGACUUCCUGGGGCAUGUUUACUCGAGACUGGAGGGCAAGAAAACAUUUAUUUUUUUCUCAAUGAAAGAGAAUAAAAUGAAGCCAAAACGCAUCCCGAGGCACACAGGACCCAACUGGCAAGGGAAAGGCGUCACUGCUGGUGACAAGGCAACACUGAGUCAAGCUAAGCCAACAUCGCUUGUGUCUUCUCUUGCUCAAGUCAAACCUUUUGCUGGGAAAGUGUUUUACCUGGAUCUGCCAUCAAACAGAAUAGCAGAGACGUUGGAGAGUGACAUCAAAGAACUGGGAGGGACUGUUGAAAAGUUCUUCAGUAAGGAAAUUAAGUAUCUGGUAUCCAACAAGAGGGAGGCUAGAUAUGUGCAGUGCCUCAGGCAGGACUCUCCUGUCCCCAGCCCGGACUCUGGUCCGAGUUCACCUCACCCUCGCUCAAAGCCGCACCAGCCUGGCAGCCAUGGGGACAAAAGCAGAUCUCAGGGCCAAACCGACACAUUUGUUACAAGUCGAGGGAAGUCUUUGGUGGAGAGAGUGGUGAAAGAGCAGGAGAGGGUACAAAUGAACAAGAUCCUGUCAAAUGCUCUGGAUUGGGGUGUGAAAAUCCUCUACAUAGAUGAUAUUAUGGCAUAUGUUCAGAAGAAGAAAAAGGUCCAGUGUCCUGCUACCACUGCUGUCAAAACAAGUGUCAAAGCGGUGGCAGCAGCAAAACAAGGCUUUCAGAAAUGCAAAGCGGGGAGGGUCACUAAGCCGUUCGUCAAGAUUGAGGAUUCAAGCAGACACUACCGACCAAUCUACCUCACUAUGCCAAACAUGCCUGAGUUUAACCUGAAGACUAUUCCUCCUGGUAGUCCCUUCUGUGUCGAGGACAAGGAUCCUCCUGGAAACAAACAGCGGGGUCACAGUGAAGAGAGAGCACACGGCCGAAAGAAGAACAGAGACAAGAAACGAGGUGGCUACUGCGAGUGCUGCAUGGUCAAAUAUGAGAACGUCACAACACAUCUACAGAGUGAACGGCACAAGACUUUCUCCAAGAGUGACAAAUACUUGGUGGUGGACAAACUGGUUUCAACCCUGCACUGCAACUUCUUCCACGUCAGAACUCAAGUUAAAAGACCAAAGUGCAGUGUUUCCUCUGUUCUUGUGGCUCCUGGACCGUGUGGGAAAGCUGAGCUCAGGCACAAGAGAGAUCUCACUACCACAGACAUUAUUAAAGAAGAGCAGUGCUGGACUGUCAAUGGGCACAAGGGAUCUUAUUCAGGAGACCCUUUAAAAAUCAGAUCAGUUCUGGCUUCUGCUCCUCUGAUUCACAGAGAGGGCGACUCUAGGAGACAUUACACUCACUCAGACAGAUCCAAGCACAAAUUUCUUGCACCUAAGCUUCCUGGCAGACAGAAUUCCUUGACUUCUUGCACUCAAACGCCACAGCCUGAGAUGAAGACAGCACCCUCUAGAGGUGAAUGUCUCACCUCUAUUACCUCCAGACCUACUCAGGUUGACCCAAAGGACCAAAUAAUAACUGAGGACAUGAAGAGCUCAACCUCGCACUUCCAUAAUAUAAACAAACAGAACAAAGUUUCCUCAAAAAGUCUUAAUGUGAUAACAAAUCAACAAGAGGAGUCUGAUAAGAAACAGGAUUCCUCAGUAAUUGAGGCUGUUGUGGAUGGAAACGCGUUGCCCGACAAAAUUAUUGUAAACAGCCUCUCAGAAAAGGAAGAUCCAAGUCUCUCAACACAAAGCUUCUCUCCAGUUCGGAAAAUACGGAGGAAGGUCAGGGUUUAUAAACGCAAAAGACGGAAAGUGGACACACAGGUUGGACAUGUGAAGCCAAGUGACAUUCCUGACAACUCUGUGCUGAAACUUUGGGAGCUUUUUCAGUCGAGUGAUGACAUGGAUGUGGAAUUCCUGGGGUUUGAGACCUAGGAAGGGAAAACUGAAUUCAAGGGAUAAACUGGACCAUUUUCUGUGAGCAACUUAUUCGUUUUAGCGGUGAAGAAAUUCACACUUUUUCCCCCAUUACUUUGUUUUAUAUCAGAUGAAAGGCAGCUGCUGAUGUGCUGUUGCAUUAUCUUCUCUGCAUUGUAUCAGCUAUUAAACUUAAAACCAGUCUUUAAUGACAUUUAUAAUUCUCUUUACAGUGGCUUUAAAAUGACAAUUGGCACAUUUUCCUGUGCUGAACAAAUUGGUUGAAAAUGCAUUUAUUUGGCAUUUAAAUUCUAAACUAAAAACAAAGAACUGUUGAAUUGAAGAAAUGUAUUUAAAACUGUAUAUUCCCAUGAAAAUAUGACUUAAAUGUACAAAAUGUACUGAUAUCUUCAUAUUGAGUUGCAGCUCUUUUAGUACAAUCCAUAUCUUACUUGUCUCAAAGCUUAAAAAUAGAUCUAUAACUCAUCUCAUCUAUAUCUAAAUCCCCUUUGUGAUUGAUUUUAGUAAGAGAAAUCAAUCAUUGCUAAUUGCUUUUACCUGGAUGCAGCUGCUGUAGAAAGAGGAACAAAUGCACAGCAAGUUCAGCCGAUAAACUUUAACACAGCAAUUUAUGUGGAGAAAUGUCUUCAAAAUAACAUGAAUUGGAAAAAAUGUCACCUAAAGAUGACACUGCUCUGCAGAAGAAAACACCCUGCAAUGUAUUAGGAUGAGUACUGAGGGACAAAUUUCAGAAGGUUGAUACCCAAUAUUACUGUGUUCAUUGUCAUAGUUUACAGUCUCUGCAUGCAGUCGUUUCCACUGAAUACUGACUGUUCAUUUAAAGGAGCAAAUGGAAGAAAAAGGCAGCUUUAGUCAUAAUAUUUUACACAGUAAUCUGUUGAAAGAUGAGAAAUCUUCCCAGACGUGUUGAAAUGAUUGUAUAUGUAUAUAAAAUAUAUAUAGUGUUUGUAUAUGUAUUUUAAUGUGAAUGACCUGCAGGCUGGAUGUGUGGUACUUGACAUUAUAUAUAACAUUUUAGGAUUCUUCCUAAGUGCACUUCUCAUGACCUGCCUUCUUUUUUUUCUGAUACAUUAGCUCAGCUUCUCCCUUUUUCCCUGCAUUUAGUGCAUUAGCAUAGUGCCCUUGUUCUCCCUCACUGCUCUCAAAUGGAUGCACUGGGUCAAAUGGGAGUCUCUGUGCCACUGGCAUUAAGAAAAAGACAAGAGCAACAGCAUGUUGCAAGGUACAAGAAUGGCAAUCCUGCAAAUAAAAAGCCAACACUGAA